UCAAUAUUCCAUACUGCUUUUAGACCUUAUUAAUCGGGUUUUUUCUGCGUCUCAGCCUCAAGCCGUUCUUCUUCGUUAGGGUUUCCAAUCCCCAUCAAUGGCGGCCGUGGACACUUCCUUCAAGAAACGCAAGGUCGACGAGAAUGGCGCAGCCAUACAACCUCUGUCGACUAAUCUGACUAGCGAGGAUGCCCGAAAGAUUAUCGGGUCCUUCAGCCAGGAGCAGCUCGUGGACAUCGUCGCGGAGGUCAUGUUCCGUGACGAAGGCAUCCUCGACGCCGUGCGUCAGAUCGCAGACCGCGAUCUUGUCCAACGCAAGCUCUUCAUCCGCGGCCUUGGAUGGGAGACGACCUCCGAAAAGAUUCGCUCCGUCUUCUCCAGUUAUGGUGAAGUGGCGGAAACCGUGGUCGUCGUCGAUAAAGUUACGGGAAAGAGUAAGGGUUACGGAUUCAUCAUUUUCCGCCACGUCGACGGAGCCAUCCUUGCGCUCAAGGAGCCCAACAAGAGUAUUGACGGCCGCAUGACUGUCACCCAGCUUGCCGCUAAUGGACCUACCGGCCCCGCAGCUCCCGCAGCUCCCGCAGCUACCGCUCCUUCCGUUCCUCCCACUACCGAUGUUUCUAGGCGGAAAAUCUUCGUUGGUCAUGUCCCAUCUGAGAUGCCUUUUGAGCGUCUCCGGUCCUUCUUUAGUUCUUAUGGGGAGAUAGAGGAAGGGCCACUGGGUUAUGACAGUCAGUCGGGCAAGUUUAAGGGCUAUGCUUUGUUCAUUUAUAAGACAGUGGAAGGUGCUCAAGCGGCUCUUGUUGACCCUGUAAAGAAUGUUGAGGGACACACCUUGCACUGUAAGCUGGCCAUCGAUGGGAAGAAGGGGAAACCUGGGACCGCUGUUUCUGGUUCUGGGGCUCCAGGGAAACCACUGGGAGGCAUCAGAGCUGAUGGCCUUGGUGAUGGGCUCGGUAUGGGUUCUCAGUCCUCAACACCGGGUUCCUUCUCAAGCCAGUUUGGUGGCCCUGGCGGCGGCUUAUCUUCCUAUGGCGGUUUCUCCGGCGGUGGCGGGUACCCUGUAGUUGCGACAGGUAUCGGCCACAAUCACAAUCUGAACACUCCUUUGCAAUCAGCUGUUGGCUUAGGAAACACGGGUUUGCCUUCAGUGGGCGGUCAGGCUCCUCCCUCACUGGCUGGUUCUGGAUUUGGGGGUUAUGCAGGAGGUGGUAUGGGUGGUGGGCCGUAUGGUUAUUCAUUACAGUAUUCAGGCUCUGGUGGCUAUGGAGGGUUGGGCACGGGCUCUUCUUUCUAUCGCACGCCUGCAAGCUCUGUUGGUAUGCCUACAAGCAGUUUUCCUGAGGGCGGCCCAUAUUCUUCUUCUUCCAUGUACCAAGGUCAGCACCAUCAGCCUGCAGGUUCAUCUCCUGGACACCGGAUUCCACCUGGUGGGGGCAUGCAUCACAACCUACCCCAUUAUUUCUAAGGAAACAUGAUCCGGACGAGCAGAUGGAGGCCUGAUGAUGAUGAGAUGGAGAUGUGAUGGUUUUUUGGGCCUUUUUUUAUCAUUUAAACAUGGGAAACAGAAAAAAUUUAGAAUAACUUGCCUCUAGUAAUAUAAGAAUGAAGUUUUACAGAGACCUUCUCAAGAUAAAUAUGCAGCCAAACAGUUUACAAAUACCUCUUCCUCUUUCAAGAACAGAAAAUACUGAUAAAGCUGUGUCAAAGGAGAAGCCUUAAUUGCAUAUGUAAAAUUUGUGCAAACGAUUUUACAUGAGCUACUGUUAAGAAAACUUGUAGCAGUUUAUUAGCAUGGAUCUUGAUGAUGAUCAUUCGAUAUUACAGGAAUCUUCAACCAACGUGCAGUCGUUGAAUAUCUUGCACUUUUUAUUUGCCUUUUUUUUUCACAGGUUAAAUGCCUUUGUCUUUUAUAAUCUAAGGUCUUCUUGUAUUGGCUGAUCGUAAUAUUUUCCAUCGCGCAUUCCUUUU